CAGUUAAAUGUAGCAUUGGCAGUGUUUUAAAUCUCUUUCAGUUUUUAAAUGUACUAUUUGCAGUGUUUAAAUGUUAGCAGUGUCAAGUUCUGUGGUAAAUUUAGUGUCUGAGAUUUUUGUUUAUGACUUUUGUUUAUGAUAUGUGUUUAUAUAUGUCAGUAUGUACAGUUGUGCUUGUAUUGUUUUUGUUAUAGUGCUUUUGGGUUUGUCUGUGUGUAGGAAUGUUUUGGAGCUGGUGUUUAGUAGUCAGAUGGUUUCUCAGUAGGUGCAGAUUGGCCUGCUGGUGUCCGUGUGCAUGUGCGUGCGUGGCCCUUGUGAUUUCUUUCUCUGCCAAACUAUGAUAUCAUCCUCCUGCACCCUCACAAGUUGGCCUUUUUACCUUGCAGACUGGUGCAGCUUGUAUUGGGCUUGUUAAGUUCCUCCAUAAUCUGAAACGAGAAUGAUGUUAUAGGCUUGAACUGGUUGAACUGAGUUCAAGGCCAUGACAAAUGAAAAACUUGGUCUCUCUUUUCUUAGGUAUCGACCUGCCACUAUCUGCACACUGUGGGAACUUGAUACGUUUGGAAAACGUUGAUCUGAACAAGCAACAGAAGAAAGCUAACUCUGAUUUUAGAAAACAAAAUAUGAAUGAAGUUAAAUAAGCCGGACAGAAUCGGCACUAGAAAAGAACAUCAAGAACAUUGAAGAGGUUCAAGGUUCAAGCAGAGACUGUGAGCUUGACAUUUUACAUUAAUUAAUGCAACACAGAGAAUCCUUGGAUCUGUGACCGUUGUCCAUAAUUCCCACAGCUACCCACAAGCUAAGUUGUAAAAUACUUUACUUCGAGGAGAUGGACAGGCCUGCAUUUUGUCACCUUGUCCUGGCUCUGGCUGGACUCCUGCUUCUGUCUCCACUGGUGGUCAGAAGCCAGAAUGACACUGAGCCUAUUGUUCUGGAGGGGAAGUGUUUGGUAGUGUGCGACUCCACUCCUACCACAGAACCAGCCAGUAAUGCACUGGGCAUGUCAGUGCGCUCUGGUACUGGACGAGUGGCCUUUUCAGCCAUUCGCAACACUAACCACGAACCUUCAGAGAUGAGCAACCGGACGAUGACCAUCUACUUUGACCAGGUCUUGGUGAAUGUCGGCAGCCAUUUUGACCCAGCGAGGAGCAUCUUUCUGGCACCUAGGAAAGGGGUUUACAGCUUCAGCUUCCAUGUGGUCAAAGUUUACAAUAGGCAGACGAUACAGGUAAGUCUAGUGUUGAAUGGGUGGCCAGUGAUAUCUGCAUUUGCAGGGGACCAGGAUGUGACACGCGAGGCUGCAACCAAUGCAGGGUUGGUUACCAUGGAGAGAGGGGACAAGGCCUACCUCAAACUUGAGCGAGGAAACCUGAUGGGCGGCUGGAAGUACUCCACCUUCUCUGGGUUUCUUGUUUUCCCUUUAUAGAAGGCAUUAGAAGGAGAAGGAGAACAAAUAUAAUUGAACUGAACCUACAGAUUCAAAGAAAUCCCAGCUAUAAUCUCAAAGAAUUCUUGAUGUACUCACUCUUCUCUGUCUUGUGCUGGUGAUUUCAGUAGCUGUUCCUUAUCAUCACAUUUGCAUGGCUUCAUCCUAAACACCUUCUGAACCAGAUCAUGAAGACACUUGGACAAACUGGUGACAUCAUCCAAUGUCUGAUGUGGCCAUUUUAUUAAGAUCAAAGUGCAAAUGGACACAGGUGGAUACAUGGCCACAGACUCGAUUCUAUUUAUUAUCACUAGCACCAUCUGUUAAUCUGGCAAAACAGGUCAGAAGAGAGCCAGAUACAUUUCUGUGAUCAGGUUGCCAAAGGACUGCAGGUUCCAAUGUAAAUCUUGGCUACGGUCAUGCAUAUUAAAGUUAUGAUGUUUGUAUUGGCACCGGUCCCUUGAUCCAUGUCCUGUUUAGCCAGUAUGGGGUAUAGCACAUUACAUAGAGGCCAAGUGGAAUGCUUAGAUAUGCAUACUCUUAAAAUUAAAGGUUUCUAAAAGGUUCUCAGCUUGUAGAACUAAAAAAAUAUUAAACUGGUGUAGAACCUAUAAAUAUGUCUAAGGACCAGGGUUGGUGACCACUGUCCUAUGGCAUUGCUCUAAAGAACCUUUAUUUUUAAGAGUUUGUAACUAUUCAGAAAAAUGGAACGUCUUCUUAGAAUUUCCUGCCCUUUAAUUAAACUACUAUUCAGAACGUUU